GCCCGUAAGCAUGGUGGCAUGACGACGACUGUAUGAAGUCAACGCAGUGACAACGAUCGAAUGACGAAGCAGGAAUUACGUCAACGGACCGACAACGGCACUUUAACGGCGAAGGCAUCGCGACAACGAAAUGUCGAUUCUUGAAUGAGGACGAGGUUUAACGACGAUAGUGUGAUGGCGAGAACCUGAGGGCAGUAAGAUAAUCACGAGUGUAUGACGACGGCGACUUGACGAUGGCAUUGUGACAACUGGAUGACGAUGCUGAAAUGACGUCAAUGUCACGACAACAGCGGCAUGAUGACGAGGAUAUGGCAACGAAUGCAUAAUAGCGACUGUUUGACGACGACGGAUUGAUGACGCUGGUAUGAGAACGGUGGCAUUAUCACGAUUUUAGGGCGACACGAUGAAUCGGAUAGAAUGACAAACAAGGAAUAACGAUGAUAGAGAUCGACGAAAGCGGGACGACAAUGACGGCAUAGCGGCAAGGGGAUUACGUUACUGAAGUGAUGAAGAUGGUAGAAUGACUGCAUGACGUCGACGGCAUGCCAACAGUGAUAUGACAAUGACCAACUUUCAUAGACGUACUUCUGUUUCACAACUCCCUAAGCGCGCCCACUGGCCGGCGUGGCCACAGCGGCUAUCACUGGAACUAGCGGCGCUGCAGUCGCAUCUUUCAUAUCGCGCCGCCCAUCGUCUGCUCCUGCUACGAUGCGUCGUUUGCCCCAGCUGGCCUGUACCGCUUGUCUGACGAUUCACACUUCGCGCACAAACCGAAAUGACUUCUCGGAGGCCUUAUCGUCAAAUCAUUGACGGCGUCCCCAGGUGUGCCUUUCUGAAGCCAGAUAUAUUUCGCAAGAAUCUCUCGUUCCGUGCAGCCGACGGUGAUCUCAUACAAAGCACGUAUGUUAAGUGCGGGACCCAUUACGUGCAUUACAUCACACAGCUUAUACUAAAGCGAGGUGAGCCUGUCAAAACUUACCAGGAAUUCACCAGCAACACCCGCCUCAUCGAGUACAUGGACAGCACCGACUGGAAGUCCGCUCUGCCACUAAGAUUGUUCUUAACACAUCUUCCACUGCGCCGUGACACCAUGAACCCGAAAGCCAAGUACGUCUACGUGGCCAGAAACCCGUGGGAUGCCGCAGUUUCGCUCUUUCGAAUGGUGACCGACAUGAGUAUCUACAGGUUCCAGGAUGGCACGUUCGAGGAAUUCCUAGGGCCAUUCAUGGAAGGCGACCUCGGCUACGGUGACUACUUCGAUCACGUCGCGUCGGGGUACGCAUUAAAGGACAAACCCAACGUGUUCUUCGUUACUUACGAGGAACUCAAGGAGGACACUCGCAACACGGUGCUGAAAUUGGCUCACUUCCUGGGUGAGAGCUACGGCUGCGCCCUGGAAGAAGACGAGGAGGUCCUCGAAAAAGUUCUUGAGUGGUCCAAGCCGGAGAACAUGAGGAAGGUGAUUGUUUUUGAUUUGGCACAAAACCCAACUUCCGAAUGGCACGAUCUCUUUGUCCGGAACAACGUGUCCAGUAAAUGCGGCUACUUAGGAGACAAGACUAAGUACAGCCUCGUCAAAGAAGCCAAGAUUGGUAGCUGGAGGGAGUAUUUCACUCCGAGCCAGCUGACUUGUUUCGAGAAAAAGAUACAGGAUCAGGGACACAAAGCGUCUUUCAUGGAACUGUGGAAGGAUAUUCGAGACGAGGCAAUCGCAUUGUCCUCAGGUCGGGCAUAGUGCAUACUUUGUUGAAAUAUAGUGAUUCUAUAACUUCAAGUUACAAUACUACCCAGCCAUAGAGCCUAGAAAAUGAGCAUUGUAACUAUUUGAUUUAUUAAAAUGUUC